GCAGUACUGUCGCCGCCAUGUUAUUUUGCUAACUUCAUUCCGGUGUGCACUCAAAACAAAUAUAUUUUGAUCGUACGUCCCACAUUGUUGUUUAUCUGCAAUAAUUAUAUACAGUAGCGAUACUAGACAUUCUUGUUGGAGUCCAACGAUAUCACAUUGUGAACUUCGACGACAGAUUGCAAGUUUAAUAGAAAUUGAGUAAUCCGAUCCGCCGCGAUGGAAGUCGAGCGAAAUGCUUCUGACUCUGAAAACGUGGCGGCCGAUGAAAAGCCGGUCGGUGACGAGGGCGCCGGCGACGCCACUACAUCGCACAGCGAUAAGUUACGUCGCAAGAAUAAAAAAUACGCACGCUCGAAUAGCAAAGAGGGUGUUACUGUGGUUGCUCCAUUGCCCAAAUACCGCAGUUGGAAGAAUAGCCGCCGGCCGCGCAACGGGCACGGCAGAGGGCUGCCCAAGAAAGGCGGCGCCGGCGGCAAGGGCGUGUGGGGUGCGCCCGGCUCGGAGCUGCUGGAAGAGUACGUGGAGGACGCGAAUGACCCCAACUACGACUCCGAGGCGGUCACCAAUGGCGACGUGGAGUUCAAGCAGGUGAUCGUCGAGGCGGACCCUGAAGAGGUCGUGGUAAGUACAAUGCUGGAGGUGUUUUACCGUCAUAAAAAAUGGCUUUCAAUAAUAAAAAUAAAAAAAAAUGAUACAUAUUUUCUUUUUGAUUACGAAUAUGUAUUUAACUCAAUAUUGAAAAAACAAUUACGUCUCUCUUCCUUGUGACCUAGUGUUGGACGC